AUGAUAGCGCCAUUACACUCCAGACUGGGGAAGCGCCAAUCGACCACAAUGCAGUCCCAACCCCAAUUCCGUCCCUACGCCACGCCCCACGGCCACCCUCCUCACGGAACACCACACCACGGCCAUGGCAGCCACGGUGGGCAUCCCGGCCCUCAUGCACCUCCAAGGUCAGGAGCAUCGCACCGCCGAGGCGGCAUUGGCCCCAUGAUGUCGGCCGGCCCUCAUCCCCAGGUGCCCAUGACGGCGGCGCAAAUCAAUCAGCAGCAUUACCAAGCUCAACAGGCCAACCAGCGCGCCAAGAUCAGAAGCCGCAAGCCCACCGACAAGAACCUCCCAGAUGGCAUCGACGAGCUGCUCGUGGGUGGCCCUGACCUGGCAGUGGCCUAUAGGCAGUUGCGUGACUUUGAACGCCGGCUUGAUGCUACCAUGACGCGCAAGAAGUUGGACAUCAUGGAUUCACUGUCCCGCAACACCAAGCACCAGCGGAAACUGCGCAUCUGGAUCAACAACACGGUCGAGGAUCAGUACUGGCAGGCGAGUGCAUCCAGCAUGGACAACUUUGAAUUUUCUUCCACUUCCGAAGCCACCUAUCGCGUUACUAUCGAGGCCCGAUUGCUCGACGACCCGCUCGAUUUGGAUAAGGACAAGAGCAAUGACGAGGACGACGCCGGCAAGGAAGCCGAUGGCGAGAAGAUGGACACCGACGACAAGCCGCAGCAAAAGCCUGCUCCCGCUAAGCCCGGCCAGCGGACGAGAUUUGCGCACUUCUUUAAAGCUCUGACGGUUGAGCCUGACCGCCCGAAACCUGGAGCCCACGGAAAUGAGACUAUUGUCGAGUGGAAGAAGCCAGACAAGACGCCCUCGGGAGCACAGAAUCUCCCCGCGAUUGCCGACUUUGACGAAUUCGCAUUCAAGAGGCCUGGGGAUGAGAACCUCAAUAUCACCAUCAACUUAUUCAGACACGAAGAACCUGAGCGGUUUGCUGUGAGCCCGGAACUGGCCGACAUCAUUGAUGAAACAGAUGCCACCCUCAAAGAAGCAACCUUGGCCGUCUACGAAUACAUUAAGCUUUUCGGCCUGCAGGACGACGAAGAGACUCGCAACUUCCGAUGUGACGAGUAUCUCAAAAAGAUUGUUGGCCGCGACAUGGGCAUGAUUGGUCAUCUCCCCGACUACAUCACACCCCAUUUGCGCCCGUUGCCCCCUAUCAAACUUCCUUACACCAUCCGCGUCGACGAGGAAUUCCACAAGAACCCCACGCCUACUAUUUACGACGUCACGGUUGCUGUGGAUGACCCCAUGCGCGUCAGGUACCUUUCCUUCUUGCACAACCCACAGCACGCCGGUAUGUUGAAGGAAAUCGCGCGCCUCGACGACCAGCUGGCAACCGUUUGCCAGGCGCUUCAUGAGUCCAAAGCUCGACACACCUUUUUCACGUCCAUGGCCAACGACCCGGUUGGAUUUGUCCGGACUUGGCUGUCGUCACAGAAGAGGGACUUGGACAUUAUCCUUGGUGAAUCGGCGAGGGGCAACGGGGAGAGCAUACAUGGUGAUGAGUGGCGGAAGGGCGGCAGGGAUAGCGUGUGGAAUACGGCUAAUGCGAGGGAGAGUGUGAAUGUGCUGCUUUCUAGGCCGCCGUCGAGGCCACAGCAACGCUAGACGCCUAUGGCUGCCACAACUCAGGAGGGGGACUUUGGGAAAAGGAUCCAACCGUGAUAGCAAGGCCAGGCCAGGGAAAGGGUGGGCAGGAUGAUGUCGAGAAGGAGCUUGAGCUUUUUAUGGAGGAGUUUGGUUGGGGGUCAUGAGGUAUUUACAUGUUUUUGUGAUUGAAUACCCGGGCGUUUUCAUGUUUUCUUGGUCAGUGUGUUGAUAGCACUUGUUAUAGCGGAAUUAGGUGACUUGGGUUGUGUUGUUUAUGUUGUGGGUGAUUUUGUUGAACUCGGUGAACUUUUUGGUGUGUUUGUAGGUGUUAAGGGUCUAUUGUUCAACAUGACAUAUGGAUAUAUGGAAGGGGUGAUGUCGCAUGGCUAUUACAACGAAGGCGGACUCUGGCUAGAUGUGAGAGACGAAACGGUGAUCAAAACCUCUAGCAAACGCGGUCGCCGACCAAGAUGGAUGAAUAUGAGAAUGUUGUUUACGACCCCCCUUC